AUGUCCGGCCAGAGAGAAAUCUCAAAUCCUUCUCAUAUUACCGCUACCCCCUCUACACAAGUGGCAAAUCUGGCAAACUCCAGGGCAGUGGUGGCAGGUGCGGUUAAUUAUUCGUCCCAAGUUCUCCUGGCGACGGCGGUAAUUGUCAUUAAGGACGACAGUGGCAGUCGGAUACAAGCAAGAGCUCUACUCGACUCGGGGUCGGAGAGCAAUUUUAUAUCAACGCGAUUAAGCCAGCGGUUACAGGUUGUUCGAGAUAAGGUAGAUAUUUCCGUAUCAGGAAUCGGACAAGGAUCAACUAAGGUUAAGCAACAAAUUUGGGCACUGAUACGUUCCCGUGUGUCGGAUUUUUCUCGUUUGAUGAGCUUUCUCGUGUUACCCAAGGUGACAGCAAACUUACCAACAGUCACUGUGGACACUAUUGGCUGGCCGAUUCCACAAGGUUUUCAAUUAGCGGACCCGGCAUUUGGCGUUUCUAAAGGAAUUGAUAUCGUACUUGGAAUUGAGUCUUUCUUCGAGUUUUUAGCACGGGCCGCCAAAUGGUUAUUAGUAAACAAUUACCAGCGCUACACGAAUCGGCUUUCGGAUCAUUUGGAGGAAUUAGUGACUCGAUUUUGGGCGUGUGAAGAAAUUGAGUCGAACUGCAAUCUUUCACCAGAAGAAAAACGCUGUGAGGAUUUGUUUGCCCAUUCCGUGAAACGUGCAGCGGACGGCCGUUAUAUCGUUUCAUUACCUAAACACGAAGAUAUCAUGUCGAAAUUAGGUGAUUCCAGGGGGAUUGCUUAUAGGCGUCUUUGGGGGACAGAACGCAGGUUGGCCAGGGAUGAGGAUCUACGGAAACAAUAUGGCUCGUUUAUGGAAGAAUAUCUUCGCCUAGGACACAUGCGAAAGGUCAACAACACAACCCAAGAAACGGUCAAGCGCUGCUACUUACCCCAUCAUCCGGUUAUCAAGGAGGCGAGCACUACCACUAAGGUUCGGGUGGUGUUCGAUGCGUCGUGUAAAACAUCGUCAGGUGUGUCGCUGAACGAUGUAUUGCUCACGGGCCCGUCCAUUCAAGACGAUCUUAGGAUAAUUAUACUUCGCUGUCGAACCAAGCAAAUCAUGCUGGUAGCAGAUGUCGAAAAAUGUUUCGACAAAUAA